AUGGGCUGGCUCAGCUCGACACAGCAGGGCUUGUUUACUAUGGCUGAUGAUCUGGAGCAGCAGCCUCAAGGCUGGUUGAGCAGCUGGCUGCCUGCUUGGCGCCCCACAUCUAUGUCGCAGCUGAAGAAUGUGGAAGCCAGGAUCCUCCAGUGUCUGCAGAACAAGUUCCUGGCUCGAUAUGUGUCCCUUCCAAACCAGAACAAGAUCUGGACGGUGACUGUGAGCCCCGAGCUCAAGGACCGCACCCCUCUGGUGAUGGUACAUGGAUUCGGGGGCGGCGUGGGCCUGUGGAUCCUCAACAUGGAUUCACUGAGUGCCCGCCGCACGGUGCACACCUUUGAUCUGCUGGGCUUCGGGAGAAGCUCAAGGCCAACAUUUCCAAGGGACCCAGAAGGGGCAGAGGACGAGUUUGUGAUCUCAAUAGAGACAUGGCGGGAGACCAUGGGGAUCCCCAAUAUGAUCCUCCUUGGACACAGUCUAGGAGGAUUCCUGGCCACUUCUUACUCUAUCAAGUAUCCUGAGAGAGUUAAACACCUCAUCCUGGUGGACCCAUGGGGCUUUCCCCUCCGACCAACUGACCCCAGUGAGAUCCGGGCACCGCCAACCUGGUUGAAGGCCGUGGCCUCCGUCCUAGGGCGUUCUAAUCCACUGGCUGUUCUUCGAGUAGCUGGGCCCUGGGGACCUGGCCUGGUUCAACGAUUCCGGCCGGACUUCAAGCGCAAGUUUGCAGACUUUUUUGAAGAUGAUACCAUAUCCGAAUAUAUCUACCACUGUAAUGCACAGAAUCCCAGUGGUGAGACAGCAUUCAAAGCCAUGAUGGAGUCCUUUGGCUGGGCCCGGCGCCCUAUGUUGGAGCGAAUUCAUUUGAUUCGAAAAGAUGUGCCCAUCACCAUGAUCUAUGGAGCCAACACCUGGAUAGAUACCAGCACAGGCAAAAAAGUGAAGCUGCAGCGGCCAGACUCGUAUGUCCAGGACUUGGAGAUUGAGGGUGCCUCGCACCAUGUCUAUGCUGACCAGCCACACAUCUUCAAUGCUAUGGUGGAAGAGAUCUGCGAUUCAGUUGAUUGA